AUGUUCUUCAUCCGAGCUCUUCGCAUUAUCAAGGAUUCCCUCUUCGCUCGGAAUCUCCCUUUACGCACCCGCUUUAAUCUCCUUCUCCUGCAACCCAUCACCUUACUCACAUAUACCAUCGAAUGGGUCAUCUCACGCAAGUUCCCCCACUCUCACGAAAUCCAAAUACCGCUGAAAAGAGUGCCUGGUCAUACUGUUCGUGCCGUCGUCUACAUCCCCAAAUCUGCCUUGACUCAGUCUGGAAAGAAAGUUCCACUACAUCUAAACAUUCACGGCGGCGCAUUUCUCGGUGGUUUGCCAGAGGGAAACGCACGUUUCUGCGCUGAAUUGGCUCAUAAAUCGGGCGCAGUUGUGGUAUCGACAUCGUACCGCUAUGCGCCUGUACACACCUUUCCGGAUGCGCACGAAGAUGUGCAAGAUGUAGCGGAGUACUUGACUCAGAAUGCCGAGAAGCUUUGGAAUGCAGACCCUCGUCUCCUAACUGUUAGCGGUUUUUCUGUCGGUGGGAAUCUGGCACUUGCUGUUGCACAGGGAUUGGCGGGGACAGAGUUUGAGGUUAGGGGAUCGGCGACAUUUUAUGCGGUGGUUGACUUCCGCCUCCCACCAUGGCGCAAACCCAAACCUCCCGGUCACCCAGAAAAAGACCCAUUGGCUUUUCUACAGCCGCUUUUCGAUGCCUAUGCAGGACCAAACCGUGUGCGGGACAUUCAUAAUUCCUUAUUGCAUCCAACAUUGGCAGGUAUCAGCACUCUGCCACAGAACAUGCUCUUUAUCGUUGGAGGGGCGGAUAUCCUGCGAGACGAGACGACAAUGCCAUCUUUCGCUAUUAAUGUUAAUACCCGGACGAAAGCCUUUAGUGAUGCUAUUGAGUUUUUGCGGAACGUUCAUCAGGCAUACGGGUUCUCUUCAUAA